GGGGCGGAACUUUUUUUGUUUGUCAGUUGUUCGCCCGGAUCAAUAACAGUGAGACACCAGUCAGUAGGGAUGGCGCGCGCAGCGAAGUCAGCAUUGGUACUGUGCAUGGAUGUGGGUUUCUCCAUGAGCAACUCAGAACCUGGCCAGGAACCGCCCUUCGAACAGGCCAAAAAAGUCAUCCAAAAAUUUGUCCAGCGACAGGUGUUUGAUGAGAAUAAGGAUGAAGUGGCUCUGGUGCUGUUUGGUACUGAUGAAACCAAGAACCGUCUGGCUAAAGAUGGUCAGUAUCAGAACAUCACUGUCCAUCGACAACUGAUGAUGCCUGAUUUUGAGCUGCUGGAGGAGAUUCAGAAUGAACUUCAGCCUGGUGGCCAACAAGCAGAUUGGCUUGAUGCUCUUGUUGUUUGCAUGGAUCUCCUGCAGAACGAAACCAUGGGUAAAAAAUAUACACGUCUGAACAUCGUGCUGUUGACGGAUCUGAAUGUGCAGAGCUCUGAAGACCAGCUUGAUGUUAUUAUUAACAGUCUGAAGAAAGCAGGAAUUACUCUGCAGUUUUUUUUGCCGUUCCCUGUGGAUGAAGACGGAGGUGAUGGAGGUAGGGGUGGGUCUGGGUCAGCGUCGCCUCCACCCCGCCCAGGAAAAGGCUUAAGUGGACAGCAGACCCAAGGCCUGGAAAUGGUCAGAAACAUCAUGACCGCUCUGGAUGAGGAUGGUCUGGAAGAAGUUUACACUUUUAGUGAUGCUCUGGAGAAGCUGUCCAUCUUUAAGUGUAUCGCCCGGAGGCCGAUGGCCUGGCCCUGUCAGCUCACUAUCGGCAGCUCGAUCACCAUCCGUAUCGUAGGAUACAAAGCGGUGACGGAGGAGAAGGUGAAGAAGUCAUGGGCCGUGGUUGAUGCUGAGAGUCACCAGAAAGAUAAUGUCAGGAGAGAGACGGUUUACUGCCUGAAUGACGAUGAUGAAACUGAAGUGCAAAAGGAGGACACUAUUCAAGGUUACCGUUACGGCAGUGACAUUGUUCCCUUUUCUAAAGUGGACGAGGACCAGAUGAAAUACAAAUCUGAUGGCAAAUGUUUUUCAGUUCUUGGUUUUACUAAACAGGAGCUGAUUAAUCGUCAUCAGUUUAUGGGAAGUCAGGUUGUUAAAGUUUUUGCGCCCAGAGAUGAUGAGCAUGCGGCUGUAGCUCUCUCUGCUCUGAUUCGUGCACUCGAUGCUCUAAAGAUGGCGGCUGUAGUGCGUUACGCAUAUGAUCGCCGUAGCAACCCUCAAGUGGGCGCGGCCUUUCCUUGCAUUAAGGAGAAAUAUGAAUGUCUAUUGUACGUUCAGCUGCCGUAUAUGGAAGACCUCAGACAGUUUACGUUCCCAAUGUUAGAAAGAAACAAGAAGUUUAAACCCUCAGAGUCGCAGCUCUCGGCAGUGGACGGGCUUAUCGACUCCAUGAUGCUGGUUGAGGAAGAUGAAGAUGGAAGUACAGUCGACCUGCUUAAAACCAACCACAUUCCAAACCCACAGUUCCAGAGACUUUACCAGUGCCUACAUCACCGCGGCGUGAGACCUGAUGAUCCUCUGCCACAGAUUGAACCCUGGCUUCAGAGGGUUCUGGAGCGACCACAGGCCGUGUCCGCUCGCUGUCAGGCCCCGUUGCAAGACGUCAAGACAAAAUUCCCUCUGAAAGAAGUGGUGAAACGGAAAGAGGCGAAGACCAGUGCAGAUGUGUUUGGGGUCAGCACUGAAGAGCCCGAUGCAAAAAGAGUUAAAGUCAGUGAGGAGACUGAAUUUAACCUGGCAGAGAUCACAGAAGGACGCGUCACAUCGGUUGGUAGCGUGAAUCCAGCGCGAGAUUUCCACGCAUUGAUAAGACAAAAGAGCCUUCCCUUUGAUCAGGCGUGUCAGGAGCUGAUCCGCAGGAUUGAGCAGUUGCUGGGCAACAGGAGUCCGGAGUACUACAUGAAAAGCAUCACCUGUAUCCAGGCCUUCAGGACAGAGUCCAUCACGUCUGGAAACGCUGAGCUAUUCAACAGUUACAUGCAGUCCCUGAAGAGAAGCCUUCCCGACAGGAACCUGCAGGAAUUCUGGGAUCUGCUUGUUCAAGAUGGUCUCACGCUGAUCAGCAAAGAUGAAGUGGACAACAGCACCUUCUCCAAACAAGAUGCAAACCAGUUUCUGGCAUUGGAAAAGGUGGAGGUCCAGGUGUCAUCCGCGCAGGACGACACCGGUGAUGUUGAUGAUUUGCUUGACAUGAUGUGAAUCAGAUCUUCAGACAUCUUCAUCAGGUAUAAUAUCCUGUGUGGAUCUGAUGAGGAUUUUCCAUGAAACUCUCUGAAAUGGUUAACAUGAUGUCUUCAUGUGUUUUAGUCUGCUUGUUUAAAGUUCACCCUGUACUAAAUGCUUCAAUACAUCAUAAUUAAAGCCAUACAUUUAACCUUUGGACCAAUUAUAA